UGGGGCCUCUCUAACCAGGCCAGGUGGGCAAAGGGCAUUUGGGAGGAAAUCAAGCAGCAAAGACUUGGUUGUUUUUGGUUUUUUUUCUGCAUCUGUGCCCUUGGAUUCAGGCAGGAAUGAGUUACAGAAUGACUUUGAUGAGGAAAUUACAGAGUUUUUUAAAACAAACAGUCCCAUCCCCACCUCCCGCUGUUCCCAAACUUUGAAGAACUUUUCCUGUCUCUGAAAUGAGGGCACUUGCCAGGGGUUGAGGGGACAGCACUGGACCUGGACUUGAAUCAGGUUUUCUUCAGGACUUGUCUGAGCAAGAGCAGGUGACUUUACACAGCAAGGACCCGCAGUUUGGCCUCACCAUGGCCACGGUGGUGACGGAGAAGCUCAGCCAGCUCUUCAUCAACGUGAGGCAGCUCCCUGAGCUGCUGGGGCCGCUGUCCCCGGGCACGGUGAGCAGCGCCGAGGUGCCGCCGGUUUUUUGGAAGCCCUACAUCCACGGCGGCUACCGGCCCGUGCGCCAGACGUGGCGCUAUUACUUCUCCACGCUCUUCCAGCAGCACAACGAGGCCAUCAACGUCUGGUCACACCUGGGGGCCGCCCUGGUGCUGCUGCUGCGCUUCCAGCAGCUCUGGCAGCGCGUGGACUUCGGGCAGGACGAGCACGCCCGGCCCCUGCUCAUCAUCCUGGCCGCCUCCAUCACCUACCUGACCUUCAGCAGCCUCGCCCACCUGCUGCAGGCCAAGUCUGAGUUCUGGCACUACAGCUUCUUCUUCAUGGACUAUGUUGGGGUGGCCGUGUACCAGUAUGGCAGCGCCCUGGGCCAUUUCUACUACGCCAUCGAGCCGAGCUGGCACGGGCACGUCCAGAGCUUCUUCCUGCCCCUGGCUGCAGCCCUGGCCUGGCUGUCCUGUGCUGGCUCCUGCUAUGCCAAGUUCCACUUCCACCCCUGCUGCCCGCUGCUGGGCCGCCUGUGCCAGGAGCUGCCCUCGGGGCUGGCCUAUCUGCUGGACAUCAGCCCCGUGGUUCAUCGCAUCUGCACCUCGGCACGCCCCGACCCCGCCCUGCUCUACCACAAGUGCCAGGUGCUCUUCUUCCUCAUCGGUGCCUUCUUCUUCUCCCAUCCCUACCCCGAGAAGUGGUUCCCUGGGAAGUGUCACUUCUUUGGGCAGAGCCACCAGAUCUUUCACGUGUUCCUGGUGCUCUGCACGCUGGCGCAGAUCGAGGCCGUGGUGCUGGACUACGAGUCCAGGAGGGAGAUCUACUCCUCCCUGCAGGGGGACCUGGCUCACGACUUCUCUGCCCUGUUCCUCGUCACUGUCACCUGCUCUGUCCUCACAGCUGCCUACAUGGCCCGGAGGGUGAAGAACAAGCUGGGCCUCAAGGAAGAGUAAAGAAGAAAUGAGCUCAGCCCAAAUCCAGCCCCAAGCCCCCAGAUGCUGCUUCUUGAACUGUUACUCAGCAAGUGCUUUCUCUAGGGAGUAAAAAAGAUGCUUUUUAUGCUUUUUUAAUCCAGCCUAAGUUCCAGCUUGCUCAUAGUUCACGGGUUCAGUUCACCUCUGAAUAAACAGUUGGAACAAA